ACAUCAAUAUUUGUUGAAUUGUUGAAUUGAUCUGUUAGGUUCUUUUUUGAUCUCUCUAUAUACAUAUACAUACAGCACACCCUCUCUCUCUCUCUUUCUCUCUCUUUUCUGGAAGUUCAUUUCGAUGGCGUUUGAAACCCUAGAAGACAAGAAACAAGAAGAAAUAGCUAACGUCGAAGACAAAGGUGAAGUGAAAGAAGAAGGGAAAACAGAGGAGGGUGAAGAAGAGAAGGAAGUGGAAAAGAAAGAAGAGAAUACGGAAAUGGCGGAGAAGGAAGAAGAAGAGGAGGAGAAGGAAGAACCUGAGGUGAAAGGUGAAGAGAGUAAGGAGGAAGCAGAGGAGGUAAGCAAGAAGGCGAAGAGAGGCCGAAAGGGUAGUUCGAAGAAAGCUGCAAAAGAUGAGAAGGCGGCGAAGAGUGAGCCCGGCUCGAAAGAGCCUGUUACGCCAAUUGAGAGGUUAAUCAGGGAGAGGAAGACUGUCGAGCGGGUCAAGGCACACAGCUUAAUGAUAUACCAAAUGGUAUGUAUUUAUCAUUUAUCUAGUUCUGAGUUUGUCAAUUCAGAUGUAGAAAAGACUUUGAAGAACCAGUUGGAAGGGUCAAAUGAUGCGGCAGGGCGUGCAGCAUCCUUGCCCGUUUUGCUCUGUCAUGGCUUAGGUAUUUUUACAUAUAUGUAUGCUGUAUUUAAUAUUUAUAUUCCAAAUUUUGUUUCACGUUGGUUGGAUGGGCAUCAUGUUGUGUUUGGGAAAGUGCUUUCUGGGAUGGAUGUUGUCUCCAAGAUUGAAGCUGAGGGCAGACAGAGUGGGGAUCCCAGAAGCGAAGUUGUUGUUUCUGAUAGUGGUGAAUUACAUUCCUGA